AUGGACGGAACAGUGCUCAUCACAGGCGCAAACGGUUCUCUUGCCCUAGGCUUCAUCCAAGCCUUAUUGUCCCUCCAUCCCCAAGUGACCAUAAUCGGCACCGUCCGGAACACCUCCCCAGAGCAUGAUUCAAACACCGCAAAACUUCUCAACCUAGUCGCCGGCUACCCCAAAGCGAACUUCCACCUGGAGGUCCUUGAUCUCGGCAAUCUCGCCGGCGUGCGCUCCUUCGCAGAUCAACUAGCCGACAAAAUCUCCUCCAAGAAACUUCCACCCAUCUCAGCAAUCAUCUGCAACGCCGCCACCUUCUCCUUCGAAGCAGGACAGGUCUUCACGACGGACGGUUACGAGGCUACCUUCCAAGUAUGCCAUCUGUCUCACUACCUCUUAAUUUUGAAGCUCUUAGGGAGUAUGAACAAGAUAUCCGGACGCAUAGUCCUCCUUGGCUCGGUCACUCAUUACCCCGAAAAACCUAACCCGCUUUGUUCUCUAAGGCCGGGGUUUCCGGAGAAUAUGGACGAUUUGGUGCGUCCGCCAUCAGAUCCGGCAGAUCUUGUGCAUGAUAAAGGGUUUCAGAGAUAUGGUACUGCAAAGCUGGCGAAUGUUACGCUGGCAAUGGAUUUGAAUCGCAGGUUGAAAGAGGACGAUCAGCUAUCGGGUAUCACUGCAUUGGCUAUGGACCCGGGUGGUCUCCCGAGUUCAAGGGCCCAAGUGGGGCAGAAAAGGUCGGCGCGGUGGUUGUUUAGGGUUGUUGAGUUUUUGAUGCCGGUUCUAAAGUACAUGACUACGAUGUUCCGUACCGUUGAGGACGCUGGACGGGAUUUAGUGGCUGUGAGUGUUGGGGUUGAGUUCUGCGGGAAACGCGGGUACUAUGUUGGGACGAAGGAAGGGGUACCUGCGGCCAUCAGUGAGAAUCGUGAGACACAGGAGAAGUUGUGGGAGAAUUGUUGGAGGUGGGCAGGGAUACGGGCUGAGGAGACUGUGCUUCGGAAUGCUUCAUAG